AUGGCAGCGGAGACCGCAUCUAUCCCUGUCAAUGGCAACUAUGCCGCGCACCAACCCCAUGCCGGCGGCGAACAGCAGAACAACCACACCCACCCUGCCGCAAACUCCACUCAACCCCCGGCCAACUCCACCAGCUCCGCAGAGAUCUCCAAGGAUGAGGUGGGCUGGUACUUUGUCGAACAAUACUACACCACCCUCAGCCGCAACCCCGAAAAGCUCUACCUCUUCUACAACAAGCGUUCGCAGUUCGUCUCGGGCCAGGAGACGGACAAGGUGCGCGUAUACGGCGGCCAGGCCGCCAUCAACAACCGCAUAAAAGAACUCGACUUCAAAGACUGCAAGGUGCGCGUCACCAACGUCGACGCCCAGGCCUCCGACUCCAACAUUGUCAUCCAAGUCAUCGGCGAAAUGUCCAACAAGUCUCAGCCCCACCGAAAAUUUGCGCAGACCUUUGUGCUGGCGACGCAGGUCAACGGGUACUUCGUCCUCAACGACAUCUUCCGCUAUCUCAUCGACGAGGAAGAGGAAGAGGUCGACGCCGAGGCCUCGGUGCCGGUGGAGGAGGUGCAGCAAGUGGCCGCCGCCGAGAGUGGCUUGCUGGACCCGCCCAGCACCGCUGCCGAACCCGAACACAAGACCCUGACCAGCUCGACAGACCCGGUCGCCAUCGAACGUGAUGCUCAGGAAGUCGACAAAGAGAUUGAGGAGAAGGUGCUCACGCCGUCCAAGUCCGGAGAGGUUGUGCCCUCCGCCGUGAAUGGUGUCGCCGAAGCGGAGCCUGCAGCCCAGCACGCGGAGGAUGCACCAGCAGCCGCCGUCCUUCCCGAAGCCACCCAGCUCACUCGAGAGGAGCCGGAGAAGCCAGUCGAGCCCGCACCAACUCCGUCUCCGCCCAAGCAAGCUACGCCGCAGCCAGCUGCAGUCUCGGCUCCGAAGCCCUCCGCGCCCAAGACUUGGGCGUCCAUGGCGGCCUCCGCCCACCGUGUCGCCACCCCGGCAUCCCCAUCCGUCACCACCUCCAACGCAUCGCAAGCCCGCCCAACGCCUCCGAGCACCAAGACCUCAAGCUCACCAACAACCACCGCACCAGUGGCAGCUGCACCGCCCACUGCUCCGGCAGCGCAGCGCGAGGAAGCAACGUCCGCGGAGUCCAGCCAAGGGGACGAGUGGACGGCUGUGGGAGGCAGUCACGCGCGUCAGCAAUCCCGCCAAGUCAAUUCCCAGCAGCAAGAAGGCCCGCAGACACGCGCGUACAUCAAGAAUGUGCAUGAAGGAAUUGAGGGGAAUGAGCUGAAGGCGCACCUCGAAAAGUAUGGCGAGGUGGUGUACUUUGACUUGUCGCGCCAGAAGAACUCCGCCUUCGUCGAAUUCCGCACCGCCGAGGCUUACAACGCCGCCAUUGCUGCAAACCCGCAUGAUGUCGGCGGCGAGCGGCUGUACGUGGAAGAGCGACGGCCCUACAUUCCCCGCGGCCAGUUCCAGAACACGCGUGGGCGCGGCGGCGCGAACCAAGGUCAACAGCGCGGAGGCUUCCAAGGCCGAGGCGGAGGGUACGGGCCGCGUGGACGUGGCGGCAGUGCUUCUGCUGCGCCGAGGGGGCGCGGUGGGGCGGCGCAGGCGGCGUAG